GGGAGGGAGGCAAGGAGGGACGAGACGGGCUGGAGUGUCAGGCAGCAUCAGGAGCAAGGCAAGGCAAGGCAACAGUUGGUCGGCGGGCGGCGUGGUGUGUGGUUGUGUUAGCUUGAGCGGUGCCUCUCCUACACUGGUCUGCCCGGCUCGCUGGCUCACUGACUGCCUCUCGACCUCUGCUCCCUCCCUACCUCCCUCCCUCCUUCACACCUGUUGCCUUACCCAGCUACAAGGCGAGGCCACGGGCGCCCUGUCGUCGCGUCACCACUUAAACCUGACCUUGAGGGAAAAGCAUAAAAGCAUAAAAGUCAAACAAAACUCAGUGCUGAUGGGCGGCAGGACGGGCUUCACGUGCGUGCGUCACUCCCUCUGCGUGCUCAACACCUUCAUGUGGAUUGUGGGGUGUUCCAUGCUGGGGGCCGGCAUUUGGCUUCGUCUGGCCUACGGGGGAUAUGCCUCGCUGCUACACCAGUACUCUGUCAUCUCUGCGGACUCACUCUGUCUGGCGGCAGGAAUCAUCACCUUUGUGCUGGCCUUCUGUGGAUGCUGUGGUGCCUGGUUCCAGAGUCGCUGCAUGCUGAUCACUUAUUUCAUUCUGGUGGUACUGGUGUUCACGCUGCAGUUGGUGGCAGGAACACUUGCCUUUGCCUUCCGCGGGGAGGUCUCAGCAACACUGAUCAAGGAGCUGCAGGAUGGCAUUCGAAGGUCAUUCAAUGAGACCUCUGACAAUGCCGUGGCAAUCACUUGGAAUCACCUUCAGUCACAGUUUCAUUGUUGUGGUGUGGAGGGCCCCAACGACUGGUUCAAGAUAGCAGCCUGGCCACAGGAGGACUGGGUGCCUCAUGCCUGCUGCUACACAAAGUUCACUUCAGAUCAAGACUGUGGCAGGACCAAUGAGCCGGACCACUGGUACCAGGUGGGCUGUUAUGUGCAGGUCAAGAUGUGGUUCAUUGAGCGUCUGCAUGUGGUGGGGCUGGUCGGCAUGGUGUUUGCCUUUGUGCAGCUAUUUGGCAUGAUUGCAUCACUGCUGCUGUUCUGCACGCUGGGUUACAAGCGCCGCUCCCACACCUACAAGUCAUACCAUUCGGAUACCUGACUACAGGCCCCUGACGUGGCACACUGAGCCACACACACCACACACUAUACAAAUUUCUGAGAGAAAUACAAACUAAUAACUGGAAAGUAAAUGAGAAAAACUUUGACAUGAAGAUUUAUCUGACUGAGAACAAUAAUUAAGGAUUAAUCUACAAAUGUGAACAUAAAGUUUGACAAACUGUAUUCUUCAUUUGAAAAAUCAAAUAGGACAGAUGGUAUGGGCUUAGGGGCUGUGGAGCUGAUGAUUGGCAGCUGGACAGCUUAGUGUUCUGGGAGUAACACAGGCUAUAAGCCAUUUCAAAAUUCAGCCUGGGAGGCCGGUAGUGUUUCAUUUGCUAAGCAGCACUGGGCACCUUUGUUGAGUGGUAGUACAUGGUAUAUUUUACUGUUCUUUGUUGUAAAUGAUAAUAUAUAGUAUCUUUAUUUAUUUAAAGUGAGUCAUUUCAUAUGCCCUCCUUCCCAUCAUUCCUUACAUUAUGUUGUAAAAUGUGCAUCUCUGAUACAUAAAAGGAGGAGAAUGAAUGAUACAAAAGUAAUACUUUAGUUUCUUUAAGUGCCAUAACAUUUGUAUGGAAGUUUUUUGUAUAUACUCUUCACUGAUGUACUUUCUUGUGUAUUUACCUGAUUCAGUACUUCAAAUAUAUGUACAUUUUGAUUAUCUAAUAUGUUUGUAUGUAAAUACAUUAAAUUACAUGUAUGUACUAGAUACUCAUGAGAUAAAAAGAAACAAUAUUCGUGGUGGUUUCAUGAAUGUGUUGUAAGACACGUAUGUAAAGAGGAGUUGCAAAGGCCAGGAGGCUUUUUACCUGAGAAUGACAGACUCUGAGUGUUGCUCUGUCGUGGGAGACAAGUGUCUGUGUCAUGGUGACAAGGGUUCAGCUUGGUGGUUUAGUGGCAGUGUGCCAAGCUGUACUUGUAUGUAUACAUGUAUGUGUAACACUUUCAGAACCAUCAAGUAAGGAUGUUCACCUUAUUGCUUUGUAGGAGAGUGUUGCCUGUAUGGUUAACCAUCCAAAUCAAUCUGAUCACAAAGCAGAGGGUAGUGAGGCUGAAGCAUUCUGACUCAGUAAUUUACCAGGAUAUAUUACAUAGUUUUAUUGAUAUCAUACUUUGUUGUUUCAAUUAAAUGUAGUAAAUAAUAAAACAUUUCUAUGAAGUAGUAAUACACAACUAAAAAUAAAGUGCCAAACAGCAAGGAUGAAUGAGACGUGGCUGUAACAACACCUAAUGGGUGUAGGCAGAGGGUGUUCAUGUACAGGCCUGCACACCCACCACAGCACAAUUAAGCUGGAUAUGACACACAUCAUAAGCUUAACAAUUUGCAUAGACCCUCAAAUGGUUUGAUAUUUUGUUCUUUUCCCUCAGCAACCUUACUGAGAGCUAACAUUGAUGAACUCCAAGAUUACAGCACUGCUACAAGAGGCAUUCUGUUGACGGCUGAUCAAAGACUGUGAUAACCUGAUAGUGCAAGUCUGGUGCCAACUGUGUUUUCCACCAGUCACAUCCCUGAGGCUGCCAACACAGUGGCAAACCUAGGCGAAGGCUUUGUGGUGUUACAAACACCUUUAAUUUAUGACCUGGGAGUCUGUAAGCACAUAAGAUUUGAUGCUGUUUGGAAACAAUUAUUUGUCUGAAGGAUGAAUACAGAGAAACAAAAGGAAAGGGCAAGUCUUCAGGUUUCUCAGGUUGCUAAUAUUCUAAGGAUAGCAUAGCAUAUAUAUAGCCAUUUUGUUGCUUCACUGUGAUACUGUCACAGGAUAGAUUAGGAUUCUAAUCAUGAUUUUGUUGAAUGUUUCAAUGCAAAAGAUAUUUUUUAUGUAUAAGUUUUAUGAAAAAAAAAAAGAAAUUUGGUGAUAAAUGAGUUAGAUCUUAAAAAGAUAAGCUUUACUUUUAAGAUGAUGUACAUCAUUAUACCAUAAGGCAAAUUUUGUCUUUUCUUUCAUCUCAAAUUCUCUUUACAUUUCUCAAACUGUCUUCAUGAAAACAUCUUUGAAAACACAGAUAGCGGAACCAUGUGUGCUUUGGGGUCCGCGGGGUCUCCAAGCGCAUGGGUUCGAAUCCUGUCCACAGUCCAAGUGUAGGUUGGGCUUCCUCACUUGGGGCAACGGUUUCCUAGCGGGUGGGCUUUCAGAUAGGAGGUACCUCAAAAAGUACCCCCUUUAGCCCAUAAAUUCCCAUGAAAAGCCUACAUAGUAUAAAUAAAAAAAAAUUUAAAAAAAAUUAAAAGUUGCAUAGAUAAGAUGCAAAAAUGUCUGAGGAUGUGAGGUGCUCAAGAGUAGAAGGGUUGACCUCACUAUGAAGAUAAAUCUAUAAUUCAUGAACCACUAUAUGUAAAGCACACCAGAAUCCAUUGAGGCUAGUGGUGAAUGCUUUACUGAUGCAGAUCAGGAAAGGAAGGCAGGUCUGGUCAGGUGUGGUCUGGCCUGGCUUCCCUGGCCUGACACAGUCGCUGGCAAUGAAUGGUGUAUUUCCAUUCCAUACCUUUGACAAGUUUGCUCCUUAUCUUUCUGGCACCUUGUAUGACCCAAUAUAGUGAGUGACGCCUCUCUCUCUCUGUCUGCCUCGCUAUUUAUCAUCGGGUACUGUGUACAGGGGAACAUCCUACAGUGUACUAGUGUUUGCUUACUAGAAGUUAAGUAAUAAGAGUGAAAUGCACAAUGUUCACCAGAAUGAGUGUUGAAAUAUGGCAUUAUCAUUUUUCCAGAGGGACCAAUAAUUGUUCAUCUUAUAAAUAAUCACCAGAUGAAAUUUGUAUGUAUUCAUCCAGAUAUUUAUUAUAUACACAAUAAAAGAAUAUCCAUGUA